AUGAUUUACACAUCAGUUGAAGAAGCAGUGAAAAGAGUUUCUAAGUGGGCAGCAGCGUACUACACACAUCCAAAUUCCUAUUACAAACUGCCAACAUCACAUGUAGUUUCCUUACUUCACAUCAAAAUUCCAAAGCCAACCUCACAGAAGAUAACCAGAAACGAGGAAGCUGAAAUGAGGGCAUGGCGUAAAAUGCAUGGUAAAUCCGUCAGACAACGAAAUGUAAGACAAGAUAACACCUGUACAAUGGACAGGGCGGUCAUUUUGCCUCUGAACUUAUAUGAAACUGAAACGGUCUUAAAACCAGUCAAUUUAAAUUCACUGAUAGGCGUCGAAAGAGUUCCAAGCGAA